UUUAGGUGCCGCUCUACGUAGCUGCCUAGGCUCGAGCCUCGAUCCAGUGCUGGCUCCAAGAUGCACACCGCGAGCCCUUUGCACAUGCCCUCUCCGGGUCUCAGAGGGUCGGAGGAUCUUGCUUUGGAGGUCAGGGUUGUCCUUAAGGAAAGUUGGGGAGGGGAACCCAGCCAGGAAGCCGCGGGAAGGCGUCGGUGCUGGCGCGCUUCCGCAGAGCUCCCCUAACUCCCAGGAAAGCACAACCGGCGGACCACCCCGGACUGCGGAACUCGGCGUGCAGGGGGUGCCGCUGUGCGUCGGCCGCUCGAGCACUGAUGCGAGGAGCACCCGGCGAAGCGGCGGCUUCGUGAGGCGAGGGCGGGCUGUGGGGGGAGCUCUUCGGUGUCGGCUUCCGGUCGCCGGCAUCCGGCCUUCACUUACAGCUUUUCCUCCGCUGUCGUCUUCCCCGCUGUCGCUACCGCCGCUGCUACUGCCGCCGCCGCCGCCGCCGCCGCCGCCGCCAUGGGCAUCCUGGAGAAGAUCUCGGAGAUCGAGAAGGAGAUCGCCCGUACUCAGAAGAACAAGGCUACUGAGUACCAUCUUGGUUUGCUGAAAGCAAAGCUUGCCAAGUACAGAGCCCAGCUCUUGGAACCCUCCAAAUCUGCCUCUACCAAAGGAGAAGGCUUCGACGUGAUGAAAUCUGGGGAUGCCCGAGUGGCUCUGAUUGGCUUUCCUUCUGUGGGUAAGUCUACCUUCCUGAGCUUAAUGACAUCUACUGCCAGUGAAGCCGCAUCCUAUGAAUUCACCACUCUGACAUGUAUCCCAGGUGUUAUUGAAUACAAAGGAGCCAAUAUUCAGCUCUUAGAUCUUCCUGGAAUCAUUGAAGGUGCUGCUCAAGGGAAAGGCAGGGGCCGACAGGUGAUUGCUGUGGCUAGGACAGCCGAUGUGGUCAUCAUGAUGCUGGAUGCCACCAAGGGAGAAGUGCAGAGGUCCCUGUUGGAAAAGGAACUGGAAUCUGUGGGGAUCCGGCUCAACAAGCACAAGCCCAACAUCUACUUCAAGCCAAAGAAAGGGGGCGGCAUCUCCUUCAACUCCACCGUCACCCUGAGCCAGUGUUCCGAAAAGUUGGUGCAGCUCAUCCUGCACGAGUACAAGAUCUUCAACGCUGAAGUACUCUUCCGAGAAGACUGUUCCCCAGACGAGUUUAUUGACGUGAUUGUUGGCAACCGAGUGUACAUGCCCUGCUUGUAUGUUUAUAACAAAAUUGAUCAGAUCUCAAUGGAGGAAGUUGACCGCCUGGCACGAAAGCCCAACAGUGUCGUCAUUAGUUGUGGGAUGAAGCUGAACCUGGACUUCUUGCUGGAGAUGCUUUGGGAAUACUUGGCCCUGACGUGUAUCUACACCAAAAAGAGAGGACAAAGACCAGACUUUACAGAUGCCAUCAUUCUGCGGAAAGGCGCCUCUGUGGAGCACGUGUGCCACCGCAUCCACCGAACGCUCGCCAGCCAGUUCAAAUACGCUUUGGUCUGGGGCACCAGCACAAAGUACAGUCCUCAGAGAGUGGGACUGACCCAUACGAUGGAGCAUGAGGACGUCAUCCAGAUAGUCAAGAAGUAGCCCCUGCUGCUUCUCAGUGCCUGCCCUGCCCCGUCCGGAGGAACAGCUGAUUGACCGGCACGUCUGCCAGCCAAAGGGGGGGAGGGGGCCCAGGGGGGGGCCUAGAAAGGCCCCCGCGGCGCGCGCACGCGCUUCCACAAACCUUGUUCAAUAGGAGGAUGAGGAAAGACUGAGCAGGAGCCAGGGUGGGCCAGAGGGAUUUGCACAUGCAGGAGAGGUAGAGAUCUGGAGAGUGGUGACCAGAAAUCGGGAGCGACCCCCCCCCUCCGGACUCUGCUCAGACCCCAUGGACUGCUGACCACCUGCCCAAGGGGACUGUCACUGGCCAUGCAGCUUUCCCUUGGCGGGAGGGGGCCACCGAGAGUCGUGUGGGGGUCUGUGUCCGGGUUUCUCUUUGGUGGAGGCGGGUUACAAAUGGCUAAGUGUCCUAGUGGGAUCCGGCUUUCUGUGGUAGACCACUUUGGCCCCUGGAGCAGAUUUCUGCCCUUCAGGCCCUCCCUUCUCCUCUCUGCGCCUCCUCCUAUUGGACCGGGUGUCCUGACGAGCCCUCGACUGCCCGAGCAUCGUCACCGGGUGGAGAACGGACCAUCAGACCGCCUGCCUGGUGAUAAAUAAAGAUUGUUUCCUUUUCC